GGUGGUGGUCGCUCCGCGUCCCCGAGCUGCCCUGCAGCCACCCCGCCGUGGCCGGGCGUGCGGAGGGAGCGGUGCUGAGGCCUGUUCUGUGUGCGGUGUGUUCCCCUGGGUUAUGUUUACCAGGCACCCGGUUUAUAAAUGGCUGGUAGCAGAGAAAGACUGCUUGGGAAAACAAGGGCUGUUAACAUCAGGGAGAUGGGAGGGUUGCAUUGUGUUUCCUUGUGGAGAUGAGAUUUCUAACAGUGGUGAGCACAGUUGGCUGUAGAACCGUGUUUGUGCACCAUCAGAAACCAUUUAGGUUGAACUAAUGUUGAAGGAUGUGGGAGCAGAUGUGGGGAAAGGGAAACACGGAGAAAUAAUGAUCCUGCUGAAUGUGGGGCGGGAGAGCUGAUCCUGUCCAAUAUAAGAAAUGAAUGUGAUAGAAUGACAGGGAAUGUGAAUGAGGUGAUGGACUGUAAAGUAACAGGAAGAUUGGGUAAAAAAGGAGUCAAGUGUAUUGUUCCUUUGAGAAAAGAAAAUUAUAAGAGCUUUUGAUGGUGUCUGCCAUAGAAUACAAGAGUUGGAUUUGGAUGAGGAUAUUGAUUACUGAGAGGAGUUACAUCACAAGUGGAUUUCUUUCUUAGAUACAGAUAACGGCAUCAUUUGGGAAGGGCAUGGAGCAAUCCAGUUGUUCUUACACAAGUUGCUGUUUACCAAAUAAGCAUUGAAUUGGUUUAGACUUGCCCUCAGUAAGUAGUGUGAAAAAUUCUGAGAUGACCUGGUAUAUUAGUCAGCUUGUGAUCUUGAAUCACAUUUUUAAUGAGAUUAAAUAAAUAGAAAUAAAAUAGAGACUAAAUGGAGACAGGAUUGAGAUUCUCAAUUUUACAAGGGCAGACUUUAAAAAAUCAAGAGGAUUAAUUAGUGAUACAUGUUUGUACGGGAGUCCUGAGGGCCUUAGAAGGAAAGAAGGAAUGGAGUUGUUUUAUGGCAAAGCUAGAAUCUAUUUUGAAUUUAUAUUGAAAAAAUGAGAAAACAUCUAUUGAAAAGAACUUUUACCCAUCUGAAAAAGGAUUUUAGGAAUAAAGGCUAGAAAAGGGAUGGAAAAGCAAAGAAAAAUAUAAAAAAUAAAGCAAAGUUCUAAAGUGGGAAUUGACAAAAGUAAUUCUGUGUUAGUUAUAGGCAGUUGGUUUUUAAAGCUUCUUUGAUCAUGUAAGUGAAGAGUAGAAGUAAGACCGCUGAGUGAUAAGGUUGCGGUAAAAUAACCUUGGCAGCAUUAUGCAUAUGCUCUGUUGCAGUUUGGAGGAGAAUGUUGCGGUGGGUAGAUUUAAUAUUGGAUGCUUAAACUUAUACCGCAAAGAAUAACAUUUUGUCUCUUAAUUGUUUUUUAAGAGUUGGGAAACCUCUAUGUGUUACAUCUAAUCCAGUGCUCUUGCUGCUUAUCGUUAGGCAGUUCCAGUAUCAGAAGACUGUUAAAGAAAUCCCUGAACAGAGUUACACACAUUUGCUCAUAGAGGAAGUGGGCUAACUUCUCUUUCGCAUCCUAUUUACUAUUGUAUCUCUUGCUUCUAUAACAUAAAGUAUCUUUUUAUACCGACACCUGUAACUAUAAAAGUUUAAACUGCCAUAUUUCUCAGUCCAGGUAUAGAAUACAUGCAUUGUGUGUGUGAUUGUUUGGUUUAUAGAUCCGUAUUGAUGUAUAUGUUUGAUGUAUAUACCUAGGCAAAUUCUGGCUUGUGUCAGGGAAAGAUUGGACCAUCCUCCCACCUGCGCAAACAUUGCAUGCUGGCUUCGUGGGAAGUGCUCUGGCAGGCGCCUGAUGUUACGGGGAAGCGUAGCUACAGCCAAAUUCAUGCUGGAACCAUGCUAGACAUCAUCUUGAAAAACCUCUUCUCUUAGUGACCCAGCAUGUAGUGCUCUCAGCUAUAGGCAGGAGCCCUUAUCAUGGACCAAGUCUCCUACGUGCUGGAAAGCUGGGCUAAACUGAAAAGUAAACCACUAAUUAUGUGCAAAUGACUCCAGCUUCCUCCUAUAAUGCUUUGCAGCACUAAAGAAAGUUUUUGCCUGAUGUAUUUGCUCUUUAUCACAGUGGUAUUGAAGCAUGGUGCUAAGCAUGGGGGGACACGAGCACAAAUCCAUAUGGAGGAUGAGUCUCCUCCUUCUCGAGGAAUCAGUGCCAAGGUCUUGGAAGCAACAUUAUUGUCAGCCCUGAAGAUGCUGGAUGUUGGGAAAUGGCCGAUUUUUUCUCUCUGUUCUCAAGAAGAGCUCAAGUUAAUUCGUCAAGCCUGUGUAUUUGGCAGUGCUGGUAACGAAGUGUUGUAUGCAACUGAAAAUGAUGAGGUUUUUGUGCUUGGCAUGAACUGCAGUGGGUGUUUGGGAACAGGUGACAUGCAGAGCACUAUUGAACCAAGGAGGUUAGAUUCUCUGUGUGGCAAAAAGAUAGCCUGUCUGAGUUACGGAAGUGGCCCUCAUGUAGUUCUUGCUACAGAAGAUGGAGAAGUGUAUACAUGGGGUCAUAAUGCUUAUAGUCAGUUGGGCAAUGGUACAACAAAUCAUGGUUUCAUUCCCUGUCAAGUCUCUACUAACUUGGUGAACAAGAAAGUCAUCGAAGUUGCCUGUGGCUCUCAUCAUUCUAUGGUGUUAACAUCUGAUGGAGAGGUAUAUACAUGGGGUUACAAUAACUCAGGCCAAGUUGGAUCGGGUUCAACAGCUAAUCAACCAAUUCCUCGGAGAGUUACCAGCUGCCUACAAAACAAAAUAGUAGUUAAUAUAGCUUGUGGACAGAUGUGCUCUAUGGCUGUGGUGGAAAAUGGAGAGGUCUAUGUCUGGGGUUACAAUGGUAAUGGCCAGCUUGGACUGGGCAGCAGUGGCAAUCAGCCAACACCAUGCCGAAUAGCAGCUUUGCAAGACAUUCGUGUACAGCGGGUUGCCUGUGGCUAUGCACAUACAUUAGUACUAACAGAUGAAGGUCAGAUUUAUGCCUGGGGAGCCAAUUCAUAUGGCCAGUUAGGUACUGGGAAUAAAAGUAACCAGUCUUACCCUACGACAGUUGCUGUGGAUAAAGACAGAGUUAUAGAGAUUGCAGCCUGCCACUCUGCUCACACAUCAGCUGCCAAAACCCAGAGUGGCCAAGUGUACAUGUGGGGCCAGUGCCGUGGGCAGUCCGUGAUCCUUCCCCACCUCACGCACUUUGCCUGCACUGACGAUGUGUUUGCUUGCUUUGCUACCCCGGCCGUUAUGUGGCGUCUUCUGUCAGUAGAGCCUGAUGACCAUCUAACAGUAGCCCAGUCACUAAAGAAGGAAUUUGACAACCCUGAAACUGCAGACCUGAAGUUUCUAGUAGAUGGAAAAUACAUUCAUGUUCAUAAAGUUCUUCUCAAAAUUAGGUGUGAACAUUUCCGUUCCAUACUGAAUAAUGAUGAUGAAAUUAUAGAAAUGAGUGAAUUUUCUUAUCCUGUUUACCGAGCCUUCCUGGAAUACCUGUAUACAGACAACAUCAGGCUCCCUCCUGAAGAUGCAAUAGGACUGCUAGAUUUGGCAACACUGUAUAGAGAAAACAGAUUGAAAAAGCUUUGCCAGCAGACAAUCAAACAAGGCAUUUGUGAAGAGAAUGCCAUUGCUCUUCUUUCUGCCGCUGUCAAAUAUGAAGCUCAGGACUUGGAAGAAUUUUGCUUCAGAUUUUGCAUAAACCAUUUAACUGUUGUUACACAAACUCAAGGCUUUGCUGAAAUGGACCACGACCUCCUGAAAAACUUCAUUAGCAAAGCAAGCAGAGUGGGAGCAUUCCGAAACUGAGGUCUGACUGCCACCAAGCUGAGGAGCAUGUCCUCUUCCCUCUGGAAAUACGUCUCCUUUGGAUCCAUGGUCACCAGGUGCAAAGAUUUGGAAAGAAAGACUCAGUGUCCAUCAGCUUAGGAAAUGUGUAAAAGUCCACUAACAUACAAGUUUUGUAAAGGUGGCUGCAGUAUAGGUGUGUGGUGAGAGUUCAUUGCCAACAGUCAGAAUUUAACAACAAAAAUGUAAUGCAGUAACUACCCUUUCCCACUUAUAGCCAAGCAAACUAAGCUGUCAUUAUCUUGUCUGAGUUUCUUUUUUUUUCUUUAAACAACUUGCAUUUGGACACUGACCUGUUUGCUGCUAAAACUGUCAUAGUAUAUUUUUAUCACCAAACUAUGUUAAUAUGCCAUAGUGGGCUGCUGCUUGCCUGGCUUGUCUUACGGUGAAGAUAGAAACUUGUUUUUCUGAACAUAUGAUGAAGUAAUAUAAAUUGUUUAGGAUAAGAGGCUUUCUGAUUGGUAAGAGGAUGUGUCUCACUUGGUAUAUAUUUGGAGUGUAAAUACAUAAGCCAUGAAGAGCUUCAGCUGGACGUUACGAGUUUUGAGUUCCUGGCACUUACGUCCAUUGUUAUAGACAAAAUGAGAAACAUCUUCCUUUCCAUUACACCAAGCAUGUUCCCUGGCACCCCAGUGGGCCAGGAAGCAUCCACAGUAUUUGGCUGGACAUGAAUUAUUGUCCUGUAUGUUUUGGUACUGAGAAGACCAUCUGUUUGCUUGUUACCAAAAGAAACCCAAACAAAAUGUCAAGGAAAGGGAAGUUCCACUUGAGGUUUAUUUAUUCCUGUCUUACUAUCUAUCUCCAGGUAGCCCACCUUAAGAAAAAUGGGGAAAAAGAGAGUUUCGAAGUGAUAAAAUGGGUCUUACAAUUAAAUCAUAAGAGUGAAACUCACAUUAUUUUCCACAUGGCAAUAAGAACACAUUGUCCAAAUACAUUGGUUCAGGUUCUCCUUUGGUCAGUGCUGGGAGGUACGAUACCACUUACCUUACAAGUCUGUUCUAGGCAAGAGGAGCUGCUCUCUGGACUUGCCUCUCUCAGCACUGCUCAUUGAGGGGACUGGAUGGCUAAGGCAGAGUAGAUGCUUAAUUUCUAACUAACUGACUAAAGCGAGUUAAGAUGAAACCCCCACCCAGUGUUGCGCAGAGGGAGGUUUGCCCUGUUACAGAAGAUGCUGAGCUCAUGAAGCAUUUACUUGAGUUUUUCUACUAGGUAACUGUGAAUUUACCCUAAGAAAUUAUUUCUCUUAUAUUUUGACUGGAUGAAGUGGCUUUAAGAGCCUUUUGAGGCAUUUUACAAAUGGAGAAGGUAAGAAGCUGGAUGACCAGGCUCAGUACACUAAUAUACUUAGUCUUGUGACCUUCCAUCAGAUCCUUGCUGUGCCACAGAAUCAUUCGAUGAUUUUUUCUAAUCCCUAAAUGUGGUUUCUAAGAACCUAAUUCCCUUGAAUGAUUGCAGCCUCAUUUCCUCAUUUCUAAAGUAGCAAUAACUGUUCUUUGUUAUAUGGGAGGAUCUUUUCUCAAACAAUCCUGGUCCUUGAGGAGGAAAAGGAGAAGCACAUCCUCAGACAAGAAGAAGUAUUGAGUAGUGCCUUUCUUCACAUCACUCCCUGUGGGUGUGAGUGGAAGGGUGAGGCAUCCAGACAGCAGAAUUUACUUAAGAAAGGGGCCAUAAGCAAAUUAUUUUGGAAAAUGCUGUGGUAAAAAAUUACUCGUGUUUUAGACUUUUACCUCAGACUUUCACUAGGAAUAUAUUAGAUCAUCUCCUGCUAACAAGCAUGUUUGCCACCCCCUCAGUACAACUUCCUCCAGCAGCACCAGUCCAUACUUCAGCAGCUGUGUCAGUAUUUUGUAUUCAAACAGAACUGGUCAAAAACUUUCCAGUACAUAAUGCAGUUUCAUCAAAACCACAACUUCCCCGGAGAUCAGCUUUGAUAAGGUAGUGCUGAAAAGCACUUGACUCAGGCCCACAGACAGCAGAACAGUACCAUGGCAGGGCACAACUUUGCUGCAAACCUUAUAUGCUAUAGCCCAGCACUAAUCCUACCAAAGCAUAGGCACAAGGCAAUUCUACCUAAGCCAAGACUGGGCAAUUCCAGGUGUUUUGGUUAGGCCAGGGAUGGCUGAAGUGAAGUCUGCCCCUUUCAGUCCUGGGCUCAAGAACUGCCAGAUUCACCUGCCAGCAUUCUCUCAGCUGUAGGAGCACACAGAAGGAGGGUGGAUGGCCACAGCCCAAGCUGCAGAUACCAGCUUGUACUGGCAUUGCACUGACAUUCAGUCAGCCUCACCAGGAAAUGGAACAAACUGGGCACCCAUGCCCCUUGCAAAGGCCUUGCCAUCGCUCUGGCCUUCCCAAUAUAUGUACUCCAAAAAGGUGUCUCCACAGGUUUCUGCUGUUUUUCUUCAAGAGCCAAACCUGCUCUUGAAGUUGAUUUUAACUUGAGGUCUGAUUGAAAACAUUCUCUGCUCAGUAGCUCCAUAGAGACACCACUCCAUGGAGUGAUAGCAGAGGGGAGCAAGGCCGCUCUCUCAAGCUGGCUCAAGUUCAAAACCAGUAGUUCAACAACUACCGUACUCCAAAUUGCACGCUUUCUUAGCGAGUUGUUUUUGGCUUAAUAUAACCAAUAGUGACACUGUUUUUUUCAAUAUACUUCCUUCCUACUCAUAAUUUCCAACCUACUUGUACACAUUAAAACCUCACUGCAAUUUCAGAGUAAUUGUCAAAGCCUAUAAUUUUGAGUAAAAGCAUCUCUGGACUGAAUGAGGGUGAUCCUAAAGAUGCAGUGGGUCAGUGUUGGCUUUUAUUCAUGCAGUGUGUAUCAUCUGGCCUGGGCGGGACAGCAUUACACUGAAAGGGACAUUUACUUAUUAGUAUUUUCAAUCUUUCAUCGCAUGCACUUUUCUUGGCACUUAAAGGUCAAUGUUUAAAAAAACAUCCUGGCUUAGGUGGUUAAACGUGGAUGUGUGUAUAUAAAUGUGCUUGAAACCAAAUCAUGGGUCCUUGUAGGAGAAAUUAGGGAUGCAUUUUACAAUUGUGAGAUGGUCUGCAACUAACCCACAUUUCUUGCGGGUUAAAUACGUAAUGAAGUAUUUAAAUAUGUAAAUAUUGUUCUGGUUUAGGACACCACAGACAAAAAUUGUAUCUGAGAUUUAAAGAGAGGGGGGUGUUCCACUUUGCAGAAAGGGAAUGAGGUGGAUAACUUCCGGAAUCAAAUGGAAUUUGAAAUAAAAAGAAAUUACAGGCAUCGAUAGGGUCAUUUAAUGGUUCUUUUGAGUUACUGAAGCCAAGAGUCAGCAUUGCAGCGUCAGCCAGUGCCCUCCUCUAGAGUUUUGUUACAGUGCCCAACAGCUGUGUGAACAGCUGGUUUUACAUGAUCCAAAAAAUUGCCAUGGGCUUUCCAAAGCAUUUCUUUACCCCAUAGACGCAGGACUCAUUGGCUACCACUUAACGAUGCAGAAAUAAGUUUUGGUUUCUUGUUUCUUUAUAAACUUGCCUGGUUUUAAUAGGCCAUUAAUAAAAAUGCCAUAAUAUUUAAAAAA